AUGGGGCGGAGGCUUCCGCGGGCGGGCAGCGGGGCCGCCGGCAUGGGGGAGGCGCGGGGCGCGGUGGUGGCGAGAGCGGCGGUCAUCGUGCUCGGGGCGGGAGCCUGCUACUGCCUGUGGCGGCUGGCGGCGGGCGGCCGGCGGGGGCCGCGGGCUGCGGGCGGGGUGCCUCGGGGCCGGCCGCCAGAUAACAGUCCUCCACUGUCAACCCAUACCAUGGACGCAGAUGCUCUACAGAAACUUAUUUAUUUGCUGCAUGCCACAGAUGAUCCAUUAAUUCAAGAGCAAGCUUUAAUCACUCUCGGCAACAGUGCUGCCUUCUCUGUAAAUCAUGAUAUAAUCCGGAAUUUGGGUGGCCUUUCUGUUAUUGGAGGGAUGCUCUCAGAUUGCGUUCCCAAAGUUAAAGAAAAAGCACUGAAUGCACUUAAUAAUUUGAGUAUGAAUAUUAAAAAUCAGGAAGAGAUACAGGUAUAUAUUACACAAGUGUGUGGGACUGUUGAGUCAGCUCCCCUGAACUCUGACCUGCAGCUAGCUGGACUCCGGUUAUUGACAAAUAUGUCUGUUACCAGCGACUACCACCCUAAAAUGAUAACCUCAAUUCCAUGCCUGCUUCAUUUGCUUUCAGAAGGAACUGAAAGGACACAGAUUCAAGUUCUGAAAGUACUUGUGAACUUAUCUGCAAACCCAGCCAUGACAAGGCAUCUUCUCAGAGGUCAAGUGCCAACGUUGCUGUUACUUCUUGACAACUGUACAAACAGAGAUAUUCUGCUUAGAGCCCUGGUGUUUGCAGCAAACUUGAAAAAGAAUGUGAACAGAGAUGGCACCAUGGACCGGUACAAUGAAAGUUCCAUUUUCUUUACACUCUGUGGGGACUCUACUGCAUUUGCUCAGAAACUGGCGUCUUUGUUGCAUCACCCUGAUGCAGAAGUGAAAGAGCAAGUUGUGAGGAUAUUAACACAGUAGUGAUUCCUUUUUUAAAACAAACAGACUGACCUGAUGAAAAUAUCUCGCCUUAGGAAUGAUGGGCUAAACCCCCCCCCAAAAGCAACAAUAAAACAACCCCAGAAGUACUAAAUAGUACCAUAUUAUUAGGCACAAAUCAUAGAAUAGUUAGGGUUGGAAAGGAUCUUAAGAUCAUCAAGUUCCAACCCCCCU